AUGAACGAUAUAAUAGAAGAUUUGAAGAAUACAGCAAGAGGAUACAAGCUAACAACCGGUGAAAUAAAGAUAAUCUGCUACGCCGACGAUGCAGUAAUUGUGGCUGAGAGCGAAGACGAUCUACAGAGGCUCUUGUUUAAAUUCUACACAAAGGCAAAAAAAUUGAACAUGGAAAUAUCUACUACAAAAACUAAAUCACUCGUUGUUUCAAAGGAACCAAUUAGAUGUAAACUUGUAGUUGAGGACCGACCAGUAGAACAGGUUAUGAGGGUUGCAUAUUUGGGCGUGCAGAUCUCGUCUAAUCAGGACAGAACUGGGGAAAUUAAAGACCAAGCAAAUAAGGCGGCAAGAAUAUCGGGUGCUCUUAGAGACCUUGUGUGGAACAACAAACACAUGCGCAAUCAAACCAAGGUGAGAAUAAAUAAAACUAUUGUAAGACCAAUUAUGACAUACGGUAUCGAAACGAGAGCCGAUACUAAAGUAAUGAAGAACGCACUGCGAACUGCCGAGAUGAAGGUGCUCAGAAACGUCCUAGGCCUCACAUUACGAGACAAAAGAAGAAAUGAAGAUAUUCGCAGCGAAUGUGAAUAG